GAGAAAAAUGUUAAUGCAAAACAUAUGUUUUGUCAUUAUUUACCAUUAUACUGUUCUGUAGUUUUCAACAAGAUUUUUGUAGAAUUUCUUUAAGUAGUUUUUUUUAAACAAUUCUAAAUGCUUUCACAUUUUUGAAUGAAUUCCGAAUCAAGCCAGGUCUGACUUGUUCGCUCGACUAGACAAAAGUUUACGUUUCAGAUGCCGACGUUCAUCGCACACAAGCUCGACGUCUUCAACGAUGCUCAAGGGCGGAGGCUGCAGCGGAAACGAAGCGAUGGCAGGCUCAAAGCGUCCGCCUCGGCCACCGACUUGAGGAGCUGGACGAAUAACGAUGAAGACAAGAGACAAUAUAUGCUGGACGUCAUGAAUAAUUCGAAAACCACGUUUGGAAAUUAUAUACCUUUAGACGAUCUGCUGGAAAUGGUGGCCAACCAGGCCGAUUUAGGCGGGUAUGCCGCUACUCUUAGAGCGAGAGACAACGAAGAGGUCAAAAGGCGGCUUUCAUCACGGUCCUUGUCCAUCACGGAGUCCGAAGCCAGGCUGAAAAUGAAGAUAUACCCCGAUGACGACCCGUACGAGCCGAUAAUUCAUAACGAAGAAGUCCGAAACUUGAGAUGCCAGAUAAAAGAGUUGUGCGAACAACACCAAUACUACACCUCCAUGCUGGAAGGCAGAGAGUUAGAAAAGCAGAGGUUCUCGAGCCAAAUCGACGAAUUGCAACAACUAAAAGAAGAAAAUACUUGCCUCCAGCAACGCUUGAAACAUCAAGACGAAAUGAGCGAACUGUUAGACAGGAUGUUUAAAAAAUACGAUGACGCCCAAAAUGAAAAUCAACGGCUGAGAAAAGAAAUGGCGAAACUAAAAGCUAUGGAAAUGGAUUACGAAGAAACAAUGCAGAAAUUGCAAGACUACGAGGAAAUGGAGAAAGAGGCGAAGAUGUUCAGAGUGAAAGAAAGGCAGUAUCGACAAGCCAUCUCUGAUAGUAAAGAUAUUGAAAGCGAGCUCAUCUCGUGCAAAGCUCUGCUUGCGGAUCAAGAAGACGAGAUUCAGCAGUUAACGAACAAGAUCGAACACAUGGCAUCGAGUACUGAUGAAAAGCAGGAAGUAUUGAGAGAUGCUUUACAAGAAAUCAGGAUGUCCCUGAAGGAACGAACGGACGAGCUUCUCAAAUGCAAAGGAGAAUUGAAAGACGCCAAAGAAUUGAUUUCCGAGUUGGAGAAGGUCCGUGAAGAGCUCAAGAAGAACAUAAUGUACCUUACGGACAACAAGGAAUACUUCAAGGAUCUGGUCGGCUUGAUGUCCAAUUCAGAAGCGGAAUUGCAGGAACGGCUGAAAAAGAAGCAAGAAGAGCUCGAAAGGAUAGAAAAGCUGAACGAAGCUGCGAUGUUGUCCGCCGAGAAGAAGGGCUCUGGAGACGAAGCGGCGCACGACUACAUGACCAGGGCGGUCAAUACGACUAGAGACGCUCUUCGAGCGCUUAUGGACGACUACAAACAGAAGAAAGAGGAAUUAGAGCGCAUGCAAACAGAGAAGGACCAGCUGAAAGAAGACAUCAGGAACCACCAGGAGCAGGUACGGGCGGCGACGGACGAGUUGGAACGCUUAGCCGUCCUUCUCGGAGAAUCGAAGGGCAAGCUUCAGAGAGAGCAAGCCAUGGGUAAAGCCGCUCAAGACGAGCUGCAAAAGUUGAGAAAAUCCAGCGACGAAAUGAAAAAAGAUCUCGUAGAUCUCGAUUACUAUAGAAAAUUGUCUAACGAGAACAAAAACGAAUUGAUGAGAAAAGAGAUGUCGAUCUCAAGCCUUCAGGACAGACUAGCAAAAGCCGAAAAUGACAACGAUAAUCUCAGAAACGAGAUAAAAAGUUUAAACGAUAUGAUAAACAAGCUAAACGGCGAAAUAGAAAAACUUUCAACAGAAGCUAUCGAUGCUAAUAACAUAAUAUCAAAGCAGAGCAUCGAGGCGAACAAAAUGUUGAACGAGAUACGGGAAAAAGAGUUGCUCAAGUGUUUGACUGAAGAACUGAAGAAACAGAUAUCCGGCUUGGAAAACCAAUUGAGAAAUACACAAGACGAGGUCAAAAACAGGGAAAACGAUAUUAAACAAAUGCACGAAUUACUCUGCGAUAAAGAAAAGGAGCUCGAACUUUUUAAAAAAAUGCUCCAGGAUAAAAAUAAUAUAAUAGAAUGUCUUGAGAGAAACCUCGCAGAGUCCUGCGAUUUCGCGAAUAAAGUAAACCAACAAAUCGAGUGUUUAAAUGACCAACUGAAAAAACAGCACGAAGCGAACCAAACAUUGCAAUUAGAAAUGAAACGGUUGAAGGAUGAAUUGGAUAAGACGAAACAUUUGUUGGAAGAAGAAAGGAACACGAACGAUAUGCAUUGCAGAGAAAAAUCAAUAUUAAAAGACGAGUUGGCUAAGGCCAAACAGGACAUGGCGGCAUUGAACGACGAGCUGAAUAUGACUCGAGGGCAACUAAACGCCGCACACUUAGAAAUCAGAUCGUUAAAACAGGACAUUGAAACGCUACGGUCUACGAUCCAAAGCAAAGACAGAAAGAUAAGCGAUUUAGAAGACGAACUGAAACUGACCAAAGAGAAACUUGAAAAAGCCUGUUCGCUUUACGGAGAGGCGUGCAACAGGAACGACGAGCUUAUCAGACAAUUGAAAGAACUUGAGGACGAACUCCACGCGACGAAAGACGCUCUGCACAAGUCAAGACAGUUUGGAGAAGAUAUGAAAAAUUGCAAGGAGUGUCUGGAAAACAAUCUCAGGGACGCCAACCGAACUAAUGUCCUCCUUCAAGGAGAAAACGAAGAGCUCAAGGAGAAAAUAAAUAAGGGGAAGAACGAGAUUGACAACCUUCUAAAACAGAUAGACUCAUUGAAAAAUGAAAUAUCUAGGUUGAACAACGAUAUGAAGAAGCUGAGCCAAGAAAACAACAGUCUUGUGUUAGCUAAAAACAAGACAGAACAUGACCUGCUUGCAGCAGAAGAUGAGAUACGGAAGUUAAAGGAUCGUUUAGACAAUUUGCAGAAGUUGAACAACGAAAAUCAGAAAAAGAUCGAAUCGAUGCAAGCUGCGUUGAAAAUGAUGGAAGCCGAAAACGAAUGCUUGAAGAACGAAUUGCCGAAGCUGAAGUCUCAGAACGAGGACCUUUUGAGCAGGGGUAACGGCCUCGAGAAGAGCCUAGACGACUGCACUAACGCUAUGAGGCUGAAGCAAUCGGAACUCGAAAAAUGCCUCAAUGAAAUGGAAAACCUGAAGAGGAAGCUGGCCGAGGCAGAAAGGAAAUUGAGUAACUUCAAACAGGAAAACGACACUCUGCUGCGGGAGUUGGACAACGCGAAGAACAACUUGCAAGAAGCGAACCGAAUGAAGGCGGGAGGUGACUCGCAGUUGUCGGCAGCUCUGAACGAAAUGACCUCCUUGAAGGACGAGGUGGAUCGACUUCGCAGCGAACUCGCGGGUUGUAACAGCAGGUUCAACGAGCUUGAAAAGGAUUGGCGACAAGCCACGGACGAGUUAAACAGGCUGAAGAAAGACAACGAGAACAAACAACUCGAGUUGGCGGGGCUGAGAGCGGCAAAGGAUAGCCUAGAAAAGAAGUGCAAAGGCGAUGCUGACAAGCAGAUGCAAUUGAAAAACGAACUUUCCAAUUUACUCGAAGAAAUGGAAGACACGAAAAACCAACUGGAGGAAAUCUCGAAAUGUUACAACGAAGCUUUGGCGGAGUUGGAGAGACUGAGAGAGAAAAACGAAAACGCGAAUUCAGCUAUCGACGCGUUGAACAGAAAGAAAAACGAAUUGGAAAGAGACCUUAGCGAUCUGAGAAAACAGCACAAAGAUUUAGAGUCGGACUACGCACAAGCUCUGAAUGAUUUGGAAAGAGCCAGGAAGAAUAUCGAACAAGCAGAUAUGCGUUAUGAAAAGGAAAGACGCGAUCACGAAAAGACACAAAAGGAUUUGCACAACCUUCAAAAGCAAUUGGAAGGUCUGCAAGGAGAAUUCAACCACUGUUGUGCAGAGCGGGACGUUCUAAAAGGGAAAGUCGCGGAACUGCACAACCGCUUGCAGGCCUGCUGUCAAGAGCUCCAGAGUGCAAGCUGGAACAAAGAAGCCUUAGAAAACGAACUGAGAAAAGUGAAAGACCAAAUGAAUCAAAUAGUCAACGCGUACGAAGGCAAGCUCAGAGAGCAAAAAUCUCGAAUCGAAAUGCUGGAGUCUCAGUUUGAAAAUAUGGAAUUGAAACUGGAGAGAGCGCUUAACGAUGUUAACAACCUUCAGGGUCAAGUAAGCGACUUGUUGCAAAAAAACAAAACUUUAGAGAUGCAGUUAAACCAGUCGAACGAUCUAUUGUACAAACAGAAAUUAGAGAAUGGACAGUUGUCACAGAAAAACCGGGAUCUCGAGCAACUGGUAAGCAGUUUGAGAAAAGAAAUAGACAAACUAAAAGGCGACAAAGAAACCGUAGAGAAGCAAUUGCAAAUCUGCCAAGAUACUUUAAAUAAAAUGAAAUUGGAAAUGAACAGGCUAGAGGAUAAGUGUCAAAAGUUGCAGGAAAAAUUUAACGAAAUGUCACUGCAACUGAACGAACUGAGAACCCAGAAUAAAGGCCUCGAGCAGAUUAGAGCGGGGCUGGAGAGAGACCUGGAACGUGCGAAAGACGACAAGGGAUUCUUAAAAGAAGAGAACGACGACUUGAAAAACAAACUCAGAGACGCGCUGAAAAAAAUCCAAGACCUGACCGACGGAAUGAAAAAGACCAUAGAUCAGCAAGACAGAAUCGCCAAGAUGUCCAAAUUGUCGGACGACGAGAAAAACGGCAUCGAACUUGUUAAACUCCAAUUGGAAGAAGAGCUGAAAAACACUUUGAGGGAAAACAAGAGGCUAAAAGAAGAUCUGAGAAAAUGUCAAGACGAAUUGCGCCAUUUGGACAAGUGUAAAGAAAACUUGAAAGCUACGAAAGAGGAACUGGAUUCGGCCUUAAAAGAGAUCGAAGAGUGCAAAAAUAAAGUUGACGACUUGAAAAACAAAGCCGAUGAGGAAAAUAUCAAGAGAAGAGCGGCUGAAUCGGAAAUGGAAAGACUUAAAAAGGAAAUUGAGGAAUUGACCAAAAAAUUGGCCAAGGCGGAAGGGGCUUUGGAAAACGAAAAAUGCAAAACGGAAGCUUUAAAGAGAAACAUAAACGACCUGACAAAAAAAAUUAAAGACGGCUUAGCCGAGAUCAACGCUUUGUCGUCCGAACUCGCGAAGACGAAGGAACAGCUGAGAAGAAAGGAAUCCGAAGACAAAAAGAAAGUUUCCUUGGCUGGCUUAGACGGAAUCCUCGACGAAGAAGAAGAAAAAGGUGACGAAGAACGUUUGCGAGAAGAAAAUGAAGCGCUGAAAGAAGAACUCGACGCUCUGAAGGAAGAGGUGAUGAAAUUGCGGGAUCAGUUUGAAUCCACGAAAACCAGGGCGAAACUAGCGGAAGAAGAACUGGCGAGAGCGAACAAGAAUAUAAUCGAGCUAAAGGCGAAUAUCCAGACUCUCGUCAGUGAAAUGAAAGUGCUUAAAAACGAUCUCAAAGACACAAAAGCAGAAUUGGUGAAGUCGAAGAAAGAGUUGUCAGACACGAAAAAAGAAAAAGAUAAGUUUAAAAUGCAGCUAGAAAACGAACAGAUGAAAGUGCGUGAACUGCAAUUAGAAGUCGACUCUUUAAACAAACAGAUGUUGAGUCUCGAAAAGGAAUUAAGAGACAGCAGAGAACAGAUAGAAGCUCUCAUGAGCGAUAACAAAGAUUCCAAUGAAGAAGUGAUAAAACUAUGCAAGCGUCUGAAAGAAUUAGAAAAAGCGAAAGCACAUUUGGAGAGAGAUCUAAACACGACAUGCAAAAAACUGACAAACAACCAGAGAGAAUUGGACAUUCUCAGGGCCAAAAACGAGGCUCUGUCAAACGCGAAACGACAGCUCGAAGAGUGUCUGGCGAAGAAGAACGUCCUGUGCGAAGGGCUCGAAGAAGACCUGAAGCUGGUCAAAGACGAUCUGAACAGCAUCAUAAAACAGAAGGAGUCUUUGGAGCAGCAGCUGGCGGCUCGCGAACGGCUGAACGACGCCCUGAGGAACGAGAUCAAGAAGCUCAAAGAGCACAUCCAGGAUCUGAAGAACUCGAAGCAGGAGUUGAACAGGAAACUCCAAGAGCUCCAGCAACUAGGACGGGAGAGCUUAAUCGAACUGGAGCGACUCAACGGUCUCUUGACCUCCGAACAGAACAAAGUUCAAGCACUAAACAGCAGAAUACAAUAUCUAGAGAAAGAGGGUGACUUAUAUAAACAACAACUUUGCAAACUCAAACAACUACUUGAAACGCUCAAAGCUAUGGAGCCACCGGAUACCAAAGUAAACAGAAUAUUGAAGAAAAUCAUGCAAUUUGGAUAUGAGGAGUGCGAUCUCGGCGAAUUGGCCGAAGUUCACCAAGGCGUCAGCAUAGCCACCGACGCGAUUGUGCAACGCUGCGACAAGUGCAAAUGCCCCGGAACUGUCACGAAGGGCCAAGGUCUGGCGAAGGAGCUCGGCCGAAUCGCCACCGCCGAAGGCAUGGCCAGUAUUAAAGCUUGCGACGUGGCGAACAAACUGCAAAUCCUUGACGCGAUGGACGACAAUACGUUCGGCCUCAACGACUACCAGCCUCCGCAAUCAUCCUUGAAAUCCAUGUGUGAAAAGGCCGCUGACAAAAUUGAACAACAGAGAUCAAGACCAAAAACGAAAGAGAAUAAAUCGAUGCAGUUUCCCAAAGAAAAUCCAAAAAGCAAAGGAAGCAGAAAAUGAUUAUAACGCGUAAAGAAAUAUGUCAAAAAAAAGUAAAAAUUGUGAAAGUACUCAAAUAAAAUUUGUUAAUACGGUGAAU